AUGAGCGUCUGGCUGUGGCUCGCCCUCUUCGGGCUCGUCGUCGUGUCCUUCAACUGGCUGCUCGGGCUGCUGGUGUCCGCUGCCCUGGGAGCGUGCGGGCUCCGCGCGUCGAUCGGCUUCCUCAGCCACCGGCAGGUGCGGAACCUCUUCGUGUCGCCCAAGAAGGGAUCCAUCGAGUCCAUCAGCGCCACCUCCAUCCAGAUCCCCGUGCUCAAGCUCGCCCGUGUCGCGCUCCUGCUCUUCGUGACGCGGCCCGUGGUGCGCAUCGAGAUCUCCGGGCUCCACGUCCACCUCCGAGACCCGGAUGAGGUGCACCAGGGCGACGAUGACGCCGGCGCGAAGCCCCACGGGGACAAGCCCGGGGCCGGCGACGCCCCGGGGGCGAAGAGCGGCGGCCUGGAGCGGCGCAGGAGCGUGGACGCCGCCCGGCCGGAGCGCAAGAAGCUGUCGCCUAUGUUCCGCACGUGGUGGCAGCUGGUGAAGAAUGCGAGCCCCUCCGUCGAGCUCGUGCUCACGGAUGUGCAGGUGCACAUCACGUCGGAGGCGCGGCUGAAGUUCGGCAAGAUCGCCGCGUCGUUCGCGGAGCAGGGCGUGCAGGAGUCUCUCGAGGCGAUGGUGAAGGCCGAGUCGCUGGCGGUGGCUGCGCCCUGGGGGCCGCUGACGGAGUCCGGGCGGUCGAUGCUCCCGGUGGUGGACUGCAGGCAGGUGGACGUGAAGAUGGUGACCGAUUUGGCGCCAAGCCGCGCCGCGCUGGAGCUGUCGCAGGUCAAGGUGGACGCUGGCGACGUCGUGGUGCUGCUCCCGCGGGACCUGCAGGGCGCCGCGCGCGACGUCAAGGCCUCCGCGAAGCGCCACCUGCCCAAGCUGCAGAAGAAAAAGAAGAAGAAAAAGACCGUGAAACCGAACGGCGCACCGCUCCUGCAGCGACGCGUGGCGCGCAUGCCGCGGACGCUCUCGCUGUCGCUCCCGAGCCUCGUCGUGCAGUCCGCGGAGACGACCGGCAACGCCGCCACGAUCUUCGGGGCCGCGGAGACCGUCGUGCUGUCCUUCUCGCGCCAGGCCCACGCCAGCAGCCUCAGCGGAUCGAGCUCCGAGCCGCUCUGCACGCUGCACGCCGGGUGCGGCCUCGUCCGCGCGGACGUCGAGGCGCCGCCGCUGGACCGCGCGCCGGCGUCGGGGGCGGAGAUCCAGUCGUCGCGGUCGACGAUUGUGCUCCCGGAAGUGCUGCGGUUUUCCAAGUCCAAGGGGCUGCAGGGGGGCGAGAGGACGGCGGCGCUGAGCUUCGGAGUGCACAAAGCAUCGGUGGACAUCGUGCUGUUCUGCGACAGGCGGUCCCGCCCGCACGAAACGCGCGUCGUCGGCGGCGUGCUGUGCCCGCCGCCGUCCGAGGACGACAGCGACGACGACGACCCCCCCGUGCCGACAACGCCCCGCGGCACACAGCACCCACGCGUGCCCUACUGCCCCGCGACCACGGGCAAGAUCGGCGUGAGCGCGGUCGCCCCGACGCUCACCGCGUGGCCCGCCGCGCUGCGCCUCGUCCCGGCAAAACACCCCCCGGGGAGUCCCAAACUCCCCGUCAGCGUGGCGCCGUCCACGGAGCCGCGCGAGAGCCUCGACGCCCCGGCGCCGCCCCCGCUGGCGUACGGGCCGCGCAAGAAGCCGCUCCUCGACGCGUUCAUCCUCGACCUCGCGGUCUCAGAGGGCGUGCGCGCGACGUUCGCCAGCGGCGGCAACGAACACCACCUCUCGCUCUCCGGCCAGUCCGCGAGCCUCGGCUGCCUCGCGUGGCCCGCGCAGCUCGACCCCGUCCCCGCCGCGUGGCUCAAGGAGCGCGACAUCACCUUCCUCGUCAGCUCCGAGGUCCCCGUCGGAGCACCCGGCCCCGUGGCGCCCUCGCCGCGGUCGCCGUCCGGCGCGGACGGGCAGCCGCUGACGAUCGGCCGCAUGCACAUCGCGCUCGUCCAGCCGUCGCGGCUGUCCGUGCCCGGCGGCCUCGACCCGGCGUGGAUGCCCCUGCGCUGCUUGGAGCGCGCCGACAACCCAGACCCGGACGACGAGUGGUGCGAGGCGGACGACAACGAGGCCGGCGGGCGGCGGCGGACGGUUCCGCUCGUCGAGGUCGACGAUCUGCGCAUCGACGUCGACGAAGGCAAUGCCAAGAAGAUGCUCGAGGCGGUCGACAUGUGGCUGGCGCUGGCGGCGGUGGCGAUCCCGCGGCGGGACUCGGACGGCGCGGACGCCUCGCCGACGAGCCCGACGCGCCGCCCGACGCCGCGUCGGCUGCAGCCGCGCGCGGUCUCGCCGCCGAUGUCGCGCGCGGUGGUCUGCGUGUCCAACGCGACGGUGGUGCGGCGGCUCGUCGUGCCGGUGCCGUCGGACUGGUCCGCGUCGCGGCGCGCGCGCUCGGUCGCGCUCGACGCCGUCGUGCACGUCGGGGACCUCUCCGCGGUCCUGCGCGCCGUCGGCCACCCGUCGCUGUUCGAGCUCCACAACAUCACCGCGGGGCUGCAGCCGGCGCGCGGCACGGGCGGGAAGGGCGGCGACAAGAAGUCCGUCUUCGUGAUGAACCGCCUCAGCGUGUCCGGCACGCCGCCGACGCGCGACGGCCUCCACGGCGUCGAGGCCACCAUCAACGCCGGCGACGCUGCGGUGCGGUGGGACCCCGACGUACAGCUGUACGGGAUCACGCUCGCGUACCAGGCCGGCCCGCUCCUCGACUCCGUGAAGGCGCUCGCGGCGCGGUUCCGCGAGCUCAAGCGCAGCAACAGCACCGCGGGCAGUCAGCGGGCGCUGGCAGUGGAGGGGGGGAGCUUCACGGGGAGCGUCGGCAGCGACGAGCUGCUGUCGCCGCGCUCCGUCGCGUCGCCGCGGUGGCGCCGGGGCUUCCGCGCGAAGCCGAAGCACGAAGUGCGCGUCGUGGCCGAGGCGGUGCUGUUCGAGGCGUCGGCGCACAAGGAUCACGUGCUCGGUCUCAAGGUCGGGCGGGCGACGUACGGGCCGCAGUACCACGGCGCGAAGCUGGAGCAGGUGUCGGUGCUGCUGGACUCGCGGCCGGUGCUGACGGCGGAGAAGCUCGAGCUGUGGCGGCUGACGCCAGGGGGGGGUGUGGCGCGGCCCAGUGGGACCAGCGGGCCCGGGUCGGGCGCGGCGACGCCGGCGCGGACGACGACGGGUGGGGACGCGCGCGACGCACCGCUGCUGCUGCGGACGAUGCGGAAGGCGAGCACGGCGCGCAUCGAGCUGCACGCUGCGACGGGGCGCUCGAUGGCGCGCACCCCGGGGGCCCGGAAGGUCAACACCCCCCCGGCGCUGAAGACGAGCUCGACGGGGUCGAAGGACAGGAAGCCGAAGAGCAGCGGGCCGCGGCGCGUCAGGCUCGCGGAGGAGCCCGAGGUGCUCAACCCUGACGAAGACCCCCGGGGGCGUUCCAUGCCUGGCAUCCGGUUCGGGAGCGACGCCGGCAGCAGCGCGACGCUCCGGAAGCUCGCGAGCACGCGCACGUCGACGGCGCACGAGAGCGGCCCGCCGUGCGCGCCGAUCGAGAUCCCGGACAGCAGCGCAGACCCCCCCGGGUCCUCCCGGGAGGUCUCCGGGCUGGCCGACGAGGAGGGGAGUGUCGCCGGGGCGUGCCCGCUCUCGGCGCGCCGCCUCGCCGCCUGCUUCGCCAAGGCCGGCGCCCCGGAGUCGAUGAUCUGCCUCCCCGACGGCGUGGUCGCCGCCAAAGACAUGGGUAGCUUCCGCGGGGACGCCGUUCCGACGGCCACGUCAGGCACGCAGCGGCUGGUCGUGUCGGCCGAGGGCGUCGAGAUCCUCCUCCCGCACAAUAUCUACCCAGGCCACGCGCUCCUGUCCGCGCUCACGUCCCUCAAAGAGCUCAAGCGCGCAACGGGGGACAUCGCGGACCUGUUGCGGCGGCGGCGGUCGGGCACGCUCAACCGCCGGCGGUCCGGCGUCGGCGUCGCGAACGUGCGCGCGGACCCGCGCUUCCACGUCGUUCUGUGGGUCCGCGGCGCCCGCGUCCGCGUCCAACACCACCCGAUGGAGGCGUGGCUGGCGUCGCACGUGCCGAUGCUCAAGGCAGCCGCCGCGGGACGCUCCGCGUGGCACCGCCUCGUGAACGCGUCCGCGCCGAUCGACAUUCUCCCGCGCCACCAGCCCGAAGCGUUCCCGGGGUCGACCAUGCAGAUGCCCGCCACCGUCACGCGCCACAGCGAGGUGGGCAUGCCGUCGCGGCGUGGGAGCUCCGACGACACGCUCCAGCCGCGCGUCUCCAUCGGCGAGGCGCUCACGGGGAUCAUACGCGGCUCGAACCGGGCCGGGGAGAACCGCAACAGUGGCAGCCGGCACGGCAGCAGGCACGGCACGCCGCUGCGCGAGGGGCGCCGACACAACCGCACGCUGUCCACGCCGGGCACGCCGCUCGACCCCGGCCCGCCGCCGAUCGACGCGACCGUCGCGGAGGUCAAGGUCGCGCUCGCGGCAAACGUCCCGCCCGUGCCGGGGAAGCCCAAGCGGCAGCGGCGCAACCGCAACGCCAAGGCGGCGGCGGGGUCGGCCGCAGACGGGGUCAACGCGAGCGGGUCGAACGUGCCCGUGCCGGGCGCGCAGCGCCAGUGGGCGCCGAUCCACGUCAAGCCCGAGGAGAUGGAGGAGAUAUUCGAACGGAUGAAUGCGCAGAAGUACAUUGUCGAUUGUCGCGCGCAGCGCGAGCGGAGGGAGCGGUUCCAGGGCGCGGACGUCCCGCCGCCCGGCUGCGACGCCCCGGCCGCGGGCGCGACGGCCGCGGGCCGCGCCCCGGGGAUCUGCAGCGACAUCUUCGAGCUGACAUUCGAGGAGGUGGGAGGGGUGUUUUCGCUGGCGCUGCCGCGCGGGCGGUCCGAGGAGGCCGCGGCGUCGGCGCGCGCGCACGAGCUCGCCGCGGGCACGAGCGACGCCGCGGCGCUGCAGGUGCAGGGCGCGCCGGUCUCGCGCCCGCCGCUGACGCGCAUUCGCGAGGUCGGGCUCGGGCUGGCGUUCACGAACGCGUCGGUGCGCGUGGCGGGGUGCUCGUCGGAGCCGAUGCUGUACUGCUCCGGCGGCGAGGUGUCCGGGCCGGUGAUCGUCGCGGACCAGGCGACGCCGCCGCCGCAGACGGAGGUGCGGGAGGUGGAGCUGGGCACGCUGCUGGUGGGGACGACGGAGGCCGCUCUGAAGGGGACGAAGGCGCCGCCGAAGGUGUACACCGGCCUCGACGUGUCCCUCUCGGCGGUGUCGUUCCUGCUGACGUCAGCGAUGUACCCUGCGCUGGCGCAGCUGAGCAAGGCUAUUGUCAGGCUUGUACCGGCGAGAGACCCCCCCCUGCACCGCGGCGCGCCGCCGCCGCGCAUCGAGCGCCCCGGCGUGCUCGGCUCGACCUUCCGCGCGCCCGCCGAGGACAUCCUCCACGGCUGGCACGAGGGCGCCCGCCGCCCGGGGCAACCGCGCGUCGCGCCCACCAACGACAGCAAGGUCAACUGGUGGGACAACCUGCGGUACCGCUGGUGCGGAACGACGCGCGUGCGCGCCACCGAGCUCCUCGCGGGCGUCGGCGUCGCCACGACGAUGGACCCCCACGUGUCAGCCCCGGAGGUGUUUUACCACGGCCACGACGUCGACGUGGGGUUGGCGCCGUGCGGCGCGCCGCACACGCUGACCGCGGGCUCGAGCUCCGUGCACAUCGCGUUCCCGCAGUCCAGCGCGGACGUCGUGCGUCCCGACGCCAUGGUCCCGCUGCUGCGCACCGAGCACGUGUCGCUGACAGCGGGCCUGACGUUCCGCCUGACGUCCGGACGCGACCCGAACGACCCGUACCUGCACAGCGUGCCGAAGCACUCGAGCCACAACCCCUUCGCCGGGGACGCCGGCGACGACGUGCAGACCCCCGUCAACAUCCCGGAGUUGUUUUCCGCUGCGUCGGUCUCGGUCAACCUGCGCGUGCGCCUGACGCCGGCAGGCAAGGACGGCCUCGCGGCGGAGCAGGGCGCGGGCGGCGGCCCCGCGCUCGUGCGCGUCGCCACUGGCUCCAUGUCGGACGGUCCCGUCGUGACGUUGUCGGAGGAGACGCUGAAGGCGCUGCUGACCCUGGUCCGGGGGCUGAAGCACCCGCCCUGCUUCGUGCUGCGCGACGCGUUCCGCGCGCCGCCGUUCGGGGCUCCGCGGCUCGCGCGCCCGCGCGGCGCCAAGGGCGCGUCACUCCCCCGCCUCCUGUCAGACGUACGCGUCGAGGUCAAGUCCGACCCUCUGCAGGCCAUCAUGGCGUCCACCGCGCUGCGCGACGCCUCCCAGGGCCUCGCGCUGCGCGCCUCGUCCUUCCGGGUCGUCAUCGCGAUGGACCGCAAGACCGCGGCGCAGGAGCAGCCGAGGGCCACGACCGACCACGCCGCCGCGGGCCGUUCCGGGCGGGACAAGGCGCGGGAGCCCGGCCUGGCGAUGACGAGCCUCGAGCUCGAGGCGUUCCACCUCGUCGGGACGAUCCCGGAGCCCGACGACAGCAGCGCGCACAACAACUCGCGCGACAAGAACGGCAAGAACGACAAAGGGCGGUCCGCGGUGCCGGAGGACGACGUGGCGGGCGCGGCGGCGCUGGAGCGGCUGUACGGCCUGCCGUCGCCGAGCGUGGUGCAGCCGGCGACGACGCCGUCGCCGGCGAUGCAAAAGUCGCUCGGGGGCAGGCUCGUGAUGCGUGCCACGAGCCUGAUCCUGCGGCGGCGGCACGAGGGCCGCGCGGGGAUGUCGCCGCUCCGGAUGGCCGUGCAGGACCUCCGCGCGGUGCUCUCCCCGCACACGCGCAAUGCCGUGUGGCUUGCGUACCAGCACAUCGCCUGCGGCAUCGACCUCCCGGCGCGGCAGCGGCGGCAGCGCGAGCUCGAGCGGGAGCAGGCGGCGGGGGUCACCGGCGACGGGUUCGCCGGCGCCAUGUCCGGGGAGGACGGCGGCGACAACGAGCUGCUGCGGAUUCUCCUCGCGGAGCGGCGGGAGAGCAACGCGCUGGACUCGCCGCGCGGGAUGGACACGGCGACGUCCGCGCGGGCGCGGUCGAUGUCGCGGUCGUUCGCGCCGUCGCUGGACCGCAACGGCACGUUCACGGGCACCGUCGACGAGUUCCAGGACGCGUUCGAGACGCAGGAGUCGGGCGCGACGAGCCGCGACGGCGACUCGCGGUUCUCGCGCGUGGCGUCGACGCAGGGCGACGAGGCGCCCGGGUCGUCGCUGUCCUACGAGAUUGAGGUCCUGCAGCCGCAGAUCAACUUCGAGGGCGAGUCCGACGCCGGCCGGCUCCUCCUCACGGCGUCGUCCGGCAGCGUGGUCGGGCGCGCGUUCCACCUCCUCGCCAACCCGGACGCGUGGAACGGCCCGGGCAAGCCGCCGCGGAAGCGCACGAUGUCGAUCGUGCUCGAGAAGGUGCAGGCGCACACGGUGCUGAUGGACGUGGACCCGGAGGCGGACCUGCAGUGGAUGGUGUGGCAGGGCGGGCAGCUGACGCCCACGCUGCAGGGCCGCGCGUUCAUGGACACCAUGUUCCACCCGUGCAGCAUGCAGAUGAACGUCACCACGCUGCCGCGCCCGACGAACUUCUUCCCCCCGAGGCUGAUGGUGGAGCUCGCGUCGCAGCCCCGGAAGGCCAUCGAGGUCAUCGCGCCGGGCCUCAAGGCCGAGAUGGCCAACGAGGGCUUCCAGAUCUUCCUGGGCGUCGUCAACGCCGUCUUCCUCGACGUGGCGCCCUCGGCGCUCUCCAUGCAGUUCAACACCGCCAAGGAGCUCGCGGAGGAGUUCCCCGAGCUCCAGGGCGCGCUCAGCACGCUCACGGAGCUCCGGCACUCCGUCCGGCACAUGGAGGACGUCGCCACGGUGCUGGUGGAGACGAUGUCGGCGGCCAUGCGGCAGCAGGUUCUGGAGCGCGACGAGGAGGACGCCGACCCGCUGGCGGACCCGUCGAGCUCCGUGGGGGGCGUGAGGGAGGUCGUCAAGUUCCCGCCGGGCCUGGAGGUCGUCGAGGAGCUCAUCGUCUCCCGCGGCCGCCUCCACGCCGCCGCGGCCUUGCACGAGCAGGACGCCGAGGAGCGCCGGCGCACCGGGAAACCCGAGGCGCGCCAGAAGAAGCAAGCCGCCGCCGCCGCUGCCGCCGCCGCCGCCGCCGUCGGCGAGGAGCCCCUCCGCGACCUCGCGCGCCGCGUCGCGUCGCUCCAGACGCUCCCCGUCGCGCAGCUCGUCGACGCGUGGAUGCACGAGGCUGUCCUGGGCGCAAUCCUCCGCAUGGCGUUGGGCUUUGACGGCAACGAGGCGACGCUGGCGCAGGACAUCUCCGCGCUGCUCGAGCGCGCGCGCGCGGGCGCCGGCGGCGUGCGCGGCUCGGUGCUGGGCUGCCGGAGCAAGGAGGCGAAGCUGAUCGAGCUCAACCUGGCGAGUCCCCCCCCCGCGCCCGGGGGGAUGUCUCGGAUCAUGAACCAGUCGCUGUCCGCGGACCUCGUGGUGUCGUCGGUGCCGUCGAGCAGUCCGCUGCGGCGGCAGGGCGCCGCGGGCGCUGUGGCGGCCGGGGCGACGGAGCACGAGCCCGCGGCGCACACGGCGGUGCUGUCGCUCCUGCCGCCGCGCGACCGCGUGGCGCGGUGGGAGUCCUGGGCGAGCGAGGGGCUCCGCACGCAGCUCCAGGAAGGCCUCACGACGAUCGGGAACGCGUGGUCGCAGCCCGCGCUCGCGGUCCCCGCCGCAAAGAUCGUCGGUGACAACAACAACGGCGCUGCGGGCGCGGAGGAGGCCAUCGCACGGCAGCCCUCCGCGGCGGCCUCGCUCGGGCCGUCCGCGACCGUCGGCGACGUCGGCCUCCUCGAGACGCUCUCGCUCCUCGAGUCCUUUGGUGUGGCGCCGGCGCUGCAGGGCGUGCGCAGCAACCUGCUGGACAUGGCGAGCUCGGUCGCGGUGCUGUGGCUCGAGGAGCAGGUCGUGGGGGCGCGCGAGGCGUGCCUCGCGACGGCGCAGCUGCUCCUGCGCGUGAUGGAACAGGUCCGGAAGAGUGCGAAGAAGGAGCUGCCGUCGAUGCGGCUGUCCUUCACGCUCAACCACCUGCACUGGGAGCUGAUGAAGGAGGGCAAGGCGUUCGUGGACAUCGAGAUCGACACGAUGGACUACACGAUGCUGCGCGACCAGCGCCAGACGGCCAACAUGCGCAUGUCGAUUCACCGCGCGGAGGUGCGCGACCGGCUCGGGGAGGUCGGGCCGGGCCCGGACAUGCCGCCCGGCGCGAUCCUGCAGGUGUGGAACCCGACGUCGGCGUGGGAGCGCGACGAGCUGCUCCGCGUCGUCGCCAUGCGCGGGCAACCAACGCCGACGCAUCACAUCUACGAGCACCUCGAGGUGCUGGUGCACCCGCUCGGAGUGCACCUCACGGAGAGCGUCGCGAAGGGCCUCGUCGAGUUCUUCCUCCCCGGGAGCUCGGACGCGGACGACGGCGACGACGAGGAGAAGGCGGAGCGGCUGCUGGGUGCGCUGCGCGUCAAGGUGGACAAGGGGUCGCGCGGGGCGAGCGUGGACGCGCCGCGGGACUCGAAGGACCUCACGUCGCUGUGGAGCGAGGCGCGCGAGAAGGAGAAGCACCGCAACGUCAUGGAGACGCUGUUGCAGAAGAUCCAGAAGCGCCGCCUCAAGGGGCCCGUGGCGACCAAGGCGCUGCCGGGGCCGACGCCGGUCGCGCGGAUCACGGACGGGCGCGGGAUCGCGGGCGCGUCGGCGGCGGAGGCCGCGCACGGGAAGGGCAAGGGCGGCAAGGGGCACGCGCGGAAGGAGAGCGCGCAGGAGGGGGCGAACCCGGCGGGGAGCACGACGGGCGCGGCGGACGCGCUCGCGGCGAUGAACACCGUCGCGGCGGCGGGCGCGGCGGGCGGCGCGGCGGGGAAGCGCGCGGCGCUCGUCGUGGAGAUGCCCGCGGUGGCGGACGACUUCACGGCGCCGUCGGGGCGCGCGCAGAAGCGGAAGCUGUUCCUGAAGCACGUGCGGUUCAACCGGGUGUACGCGCGGGUGUCGUACGAGGGCGGGCGGAUGCCGUUCUUGGACCUGAAGCUGCUGCUCGACAGCGUGGUGUACCAGAACAUCGACACCAAGUGGGGGAGUCUCUUCUCGCGGUACAAGUUCGCGGUGCUGCGGAGCGUGCUGAAGAGCGUGACGGGGCUGCAGAACCGGAAGUUCCACGCGCACCUCGGACUCAGCUUUGGGAAGUCCAAGGAGGUCGAGGAAGAAGGUCUGCGGGUGGAGGUGACCAAGAGGAACAAGGGGCUCAUCGGGCGGUCGAAGAAGGACAUGGAGCGCGACAUGGAGGAGGUGCGGCGCGAGAUGGAGGACAAGAGCGAGGAGGAGAAGCGCCGGAAGCUCCUGGGCGCCGUCGCGCUCACGCCGCAGACCGAGAGCGACCGCAACCUCCUCGCGCUGCCCGCGCCGCCGCAGCUGGGCUCGCCGGUCCUCACGCCGCGCUCCGGAGUCAGCUCGGAGCGGCCCCGCUGA